AUUGAUUUCACAGAUUUGUAUCUCAGAGCGUCGCUGUUAGAUCAGUUCAUAAGCCCUCUUUGUACAUAUAUUUUGUAAAUGUAUACAUGCAGCUUGUCAACGCGGAUAGAAUGAUUAGAUCAUCUGCUUCAUAUAUAUGCAGUUUAUGGGAAUGAAAUGGUUGGAUUAUAUGUCUUUUUAUUGAGCCAGAAUCGUGUUUUCUUCGAGUUUGUUUGCAUAAACAUGAAUUUUGGGAAGGAAAAUAGGCUAGAAAUGCAUGGAAAAUAAUUCUGGAGUCUCAAAUUUUUUCGUGGGUAAAUUAAUAUUAAUAUAGUUGUCAGGAAAGAUUUGACUCUCAGGCAGACCCAAUGUUUCUCCCGUGGCUCAAUCUAUUUCUAAACCGCGGGUGCCUAAAAAUCUUUCCUCGAUUUAUGCUACACCCGGGAUGCCCUCUAAACGAUUUCCAUUAUUUAAUUAUUAUUGUUUGAUAAAUUCGAGAUGGGGAUGAAAAUAUGAAAGAUACCCUUCUGUGAUAUGCUGUUUUGAUUGGGCCUGGGCCACUUAUUUCUUUGGAGGAAAAGCUGUUUUAAGGGCCAGUGUUCGACCCACUUCAGGGGUACGCGGUCCAUGCCUCAAACUCUCACACCAUUCAAUCAUGGGUCGGACAGUAACCAAUCCACAUUCUGGAUCUUCAUCUCCACCUCCACCACACACGAGAGCCUUAACCAAUCUAUGAAUUCAACCAAGCCUCUCCUUCUCAAUUCUUUUUACAGACUACCAACCAUGAAUUCAAUCAAGCCUUGUAAAACCUCUUAUCAACCGCCAUUUCUUUCCAACCCUUGUAAGAUUCCGAAACGGGUAAUGAAAUUACGAAGCAGUUUUCCACCAGGUAAGGUUGCUGAUAGAAGAAAGGUUGCUGUGAGGGUGAGUAGUGGAGAAGGAGAUGAGAAAACAACAGAAAGAAGAAGCUUCUUGACUCUGGAAGAAGCAGGUUUAGUUGAAAUAUCAAGUCUCAGUACUCACGAAAGGUUUCUAUGUAGGCUCACGAUAUCGUCUUUGAAUCUACUGAGAGUGAUAGCAGAACAAGAAGGAUGUUCAAUUGAGGAGUUGAAUGCUGGGAAGGUAUGUGACUGGUUUGUGAAGGAUAAGCUCAAGAGGGAGCAGAAUCUGGAGUCCGCAGUACUUAAGUGGGAUGAUUCUGAGUUCCAAUUUUGAGAUUUUUCUGUUUUUGUAAUUCAAACACAAUCUGGGUUUUUUCAAAUUUGGAGGGGCAGUAAUAGAUUAAGCCAUGAGAUCUCUUUCCUUAAUGUCAUCAUGUGUAUGGGGACCAGGAGAUUGAAGAAUUCAUACCAGUCUUUUGUGCUUGAUGAAUUUAUUCCUGUGACAGGGUU